AUGUCCAAUUUCGAGAAAUCCGUAAAAGGGGCCACCAAAGUCAAACUUGCGGCACCCAAAUCCAAAUAUAUCGAGAACAUCCUGGUAGCAACUCAUACCGGCGAUGCGGGCGUUGCAGAGAUCUUUCGAACCUUGCAUAUCCGACUUCGCGAAUCGACAUGGACGGUGGUGUUCAAGGCGCUCAUUGUCAUCCAUCUUAUGAUUCGAGAGGGUCAAUUGGAUGCUACGUUACAUUAUCUCUCGGAUAACCCGAGCAAGCUUGCUAUCAGUCAAUACUCAGAGGUACAACACCAGGGUCAUAACAUCAGGAGAUAUGCGGACUAUCUCCUCGCACGUGCCAGAGUAUUCGAUGAUACAAAGACCGAUUAUGUGCGGAGUGGACAGGGGCGCAUGAAGAGGUUGACAGUGGACAAGGGUCUUCUGCGAGAAACCGAAAUGGUUCAAAAGCAGAUCUGGGCCUUGUUGCGCUGUGAUUUAUUGGUGGACGAUGUCGAAAAUGAAAUUUCCUUGACAGCGUUCCGUCUGCUCGUGCUCGACCUCAUGACCCUUUAUGCCGUCAUGAACGAGGGUACAAUCAAUGUCUUGGAACACUAUUUCGAAAUGUCAAGACCAGACAGCGAGCGCGCCCUGGAAAUAUACAAGACCUUCACUGCGCAAACCGAAGAAGUGGUGAACUACCUUGGAGUUGCGAGACGAUUCGAAAACGCAACAAGGCUAGAAAUACCGAAGCUCAAACACGCUUCCACAGACUUGACGCGACUACUCGAAGACGACCUCAACGAUCCCGAUUUCGAUCUCCGGCGAGGAGAAUAUCUGGCACGGAAGGGUGGAGGCCGCGCAAAAUCGAGCCAUGGACAAAGCAGUCGGCCUCCACCGAGUCCCAAAGCUACGCCCAACCGUCCUCAAACAGCGCCUAGGCCCGAGAAGAAACAGACGGACUUGAUUGACUUUUUCGACUCGAUUGAGCAACCCGCGGCGCAAGAGAACCAAUUGCGACAGCAACAGUACCUCCAGCAACAGCAACAACAGCAAUAUCAACAGGCAAUGCAGUUCCAGCAAACCGGAUUCCAACCGCAGCAGACCGGCUUUUAUCCUCAGCAAACGGGCUUCCAGCAACCUCAACAGAUGGGUUUCCAGCAGCCGCAGCAAACUGGGUUCAAUCAGUUUGGCGCAAAUAACCCCUUUGGGCAACCGCAAGCUCCACAGCCUCUUCAGCCUGUUCCCACGGGUGCUGGUUUUGGCGGUUACUCCCCACAACCACAGUCAUAUGGAUACCAAAGCAAUUUGGCGCCCAUUCCGCAGAGCAAUGUUGCGGCUUUUCCAACUCAGCAGCAACCGCAACAACCACAGCAAUCACAGCAACCUCAACAGCUGCAGCCACAGCACACCAACCCGUUUAGACAGUCGAUGCUAAUGGCCACACCUACGGGAACGGCCAUGCCCUCCACUGCACAGCUUAACCGCCAAAGCACGAACCCUUUUGCACGGCGUAUGUCGAGCGUUAACCUCCAGCCCCCAUCACCGUCCCAGGCGCCAGCCCAACCAAUACAGCCUCAGCGCACGGGAACCAACCCGUUUGCGCGCAAUUCAACCGUUGUUCCCCAGCAAGGAUUACAGCCUCCCGCAGCGGCACCUCUCCGGCCAAACCCUACCGGCAGUACGAACCCGUUCCGGCAGAGUGCAUUCGUCAACCAGCAAACUGGACAGGGUUGGCAAGUUAGUGGCCAGCAGGGCACGAUGGGCGGCUAUGAGCAAUUGGAUACGGUGCCGGUGUUUCCACGGCCGGGUAUGACAUAG